UAAUGCAUUUUAAAAUUUAUCAGGGCAACCUAACAACUAAAAUUAAGUAAAGUUGUUUUUAAAGGAGACUUGGCUUUCAAUUAUCUUUUAUUGCUACAACAGGUACCAACCAUAAUUUCUCUGCUUCAAAACUUUGAUCACCACUGCUUGGAUUGGACCAUUUUAAUUUGAUUUUAUUUAGCACGUAAAUUAGAAGUCUCAUUUGAACAUUUACACAUGUAUUAAAUAAAAGUUUGUCCCUAGCUAUGUUAGAAACUAGAUAUUCAGAUUUAUUUGGCAAAAAAUAUCACAGUAAACUCCUUAAAAUGCAGUUAUACAGCAAAAUGAAUUAUGGCAUUACAUUUCAAAAGUAGAGAGUUAUUUUGAAGAUUUUUCUUUUUGACCAGCUUAAUAAAUUAUAUUUAUAGCAAUCUGCGGUAUGUCACUGUGAACGUUUUUCAAAUAUCUCCAUUAUUAGUUAAUUUCACCCCAUUCCACCCGUAAUGGAGAGUUUCUGGUGAGACAAAAUUGAAAUUGAUGGCAUUUUGUUAUUAAAACACAUCUACAAACAGUUAUUAAGAUUCUGACCAAAUAAACCUUGUAGACUGCAUGCAGUUACAAGCACUCAGCAUUUUCAGUAAUUUGCUGAGCAUUGAUAUACAUGGUUUACUAGGUAAGCAUUAGUGAAAGUAUCAGCCAAAACUAGGCUAAGAAAAUCCAUUAAAGUUAGUUGUGGAAUUGCCCUUGCAGAGUAAAUGCAAUUUAAAAUUUAUCAGGACAUUCUAGUAACUAAAAAGAAGUAAAAUUGUUUUAGAGGAGACUUGGCUUCAGUUACCUUUAUUGCUAGAACAGGUACCAACCAUAAUUUCUCUGCUUCAUAACUUUGAUCACCACUGCUUGAAUUGAAGCAUUUGAAUUUGAUUUAUUUAGCACAUUAAUUCAAAGUCUCACUUGAACAUUUUUAUGUGUAUUAAAUAAAAGUUCAUUCCUGGCUAUGUUAGAAACUAUACAAUCAGAAAAAAAAUCACAGUCAACUCCUUAAAAUGCAGUUAUAUAGCAAAAUGCAACUGAUCUGUGUAAAGCUCAUUUAUCAGGAGCUUAUGGAAGUGAAAAAGAAGCUUAAGGCAACAAGAAGACUUAACACUUAAAAAUUUGAAAUUGAUUGUAACAAUUUGAGCUACACAGAUUUACUGUAUAUAAGGGCCAUGCAUUUUUUUAUUGUGAUCUGUUACAAAUUUUAAAAACCAACUAAUAGGCUUUUUGGACUAUAAUUUUUUCAGAAUACCGACCUCUUUUUGAAGUUAUUUCAUUUAUUAAGUUAUUACGGUGCUAUGUUUUCAGUCAUUGUUGCUAACAAUCCAUUCAGUUGUUGAUAAAACUUGCUAAGAACUCCGGUUGGUACGUAUUCUAAAUGUUGCCUUCCUGACAACAAAUCUUUGCUACCUCCUGGUGUUUCUGAAUUCUUUAAAGAUUUACUUCAUUUAUCAUUUAACACAGAAUUGAAUGCUGCAAAUGGAGGAUUUUAGUAUCUGCAGGAGGACUGAAUUGCCUUACUCGUCUAUAAUUUUCUUUUGAUCCUAUGCAAUGGAUCAGUUAGAACAAAGGGUGAAUGAGUUCUUUGUCAAUGCCAAAAAAAACAAGCCAGAAUGGAGAGAGGAACAGAUGGAAGCAAUCAAGAAGGACUAUUAUAAAGCCUUGGAAGAUGCCGAUGAGAAAGUCCAGUUAGCAAAUCAAAUUUAUGAUUUGGUUGAUAGACAUCUACGUAAAUUGGAUCAAGAACUUGCCAAGUUUAAAAUGGAGCUUGAAGCUGAUAAUGCUGGAAUUACAGAGAUAUUAGAAAGGAGAUCUUUGGAGUUGGACAAUCCACCUCAGCCAGUUAAUAACCACCAUGCUCACUCUCACACUCCAUUAGAAAAACGUAAAUAUAAUCCAUCUAGUCACCAUACAACAGAUCAUAUUCCUGAGAAGAAAUUCAAGUCAGAAGCUCUUUUGUCUACCCUUACAUCAGAUGCCUCAAAAGAAAAUACGCCAGGAUGCCGUAAUAGUAACAUAACAUCGACUUCUAACAGUGUCUACAAUAUUAAUUCAUCACAGCCUCUCAGUUCAUAUAAUCUUACCUCAUUAACUCCAGGAGCAGGUCCUGGAGCUGCAGCUAUUACAAUGGCAGCAGCCCAAGCUGUUCAGGCAACAGCACAGAUGAAGGAAGGGAGGAGGACCUCUACUAUAAAGGCCACUUAUGAAGCAUUUAAAAACAAUGACUUCCAACUUGCGCGAGAGUUCUCUAUCUCAAGGGAAUCUACAGGAUAUCCCUCAACGCUAGCCUCCACACUGACACAGACAUUGUCAACAUCAGCUUCAGAUUCACGCAGUGGUCGAAAAAAUAAAAAUAGCAACAAGUCCUCAAAUCACCAGUCCUCCUCAUCAUCUUCAUCAUCAUCUUCCUCCUCUUCUUCAUCUGUAAUAGCACAGGAGAUUCCUCAGCAGACCCCAGCUUUACCUGAGUCUGAUUCCAGUAACCAAGUGGAUUGGACAUAUGAUCCCAAUGAGCCUCGUUAUUGUAUCUGCAAUCAGGUGUCAUAUGGUGAAAUGGUAGGGUGUGAUAAUCAAGAUUGCCCCAUUGAGUGGUUCCAUUAUGGAUGUGUUGGACUGACAGAAGCUCCAAAAGGAAAAUGGUACUGUCCACAAUGCACGGCAGCCAUGAAAAGGCGUGGCAGUCGCCACAAAUGAACCCCAAAAGCAGAGGAAUUAGUUUGACUGGUGCUUUGUCCAAACAUCCUAACUUUAAAUUGAACAUCGAAUGAAAGCAACAUCAACUGCAAUAAGUGACAUUUUGCAGUGCACUUAUUUAUGUUCCUAUUUGAGAAUGUAAGGCUUAUUGAUGAAACUUGGAUUUUGCAUUUUUUUGUGUAAAACACCAGAUGACUAUCUAUCUUUAUUCAAAUAUUCUCAUAAUAAACGAUCUAACUGAAGCAAAAAAAACCAAAUAUAUAAUCAAUAUUUGUUUAAAGAUGCUUUACUUUUGUGUUUAAUUAUUACUUCUGUGAAACUUAAAAGUUCAGCUGGCUGAAGUAAAAUGCAAUAUUGGCAAUAAAUCUUGUAGAGCUGGCAAUGAUAGUGUCCUAAUACAUGAACAACAUUUCUAUAUCAUUUGAAUGCCAGUUUGCCAUUAGUGUUCAAUGUUUGGUGCAGCACGUUUGAUAUAAAUGAUAUAAGAAUAAAGUUAUCAGUAUGUCUUUGAUACUAAUUGAAAAACAUUAUGACUUGUGUAUGUGGAAAAUGCAUUUUUUUCAUUUGUAUUAGAUAUGACAUUAACCAGUAAAAAUCUUAUGAUCGGUGAAGUGUGAUUUCAUUAUUUUUGUACCUGAAAUGCAAUGUGGACUACAGUUGCAGUGCAGUUUAAUCCAACUGUUUACUGGUGUAAACCUUUUUGUUUUUGCUUAUGCAUCUCUAUUGUAAAGUAAUUGUGCAGAUGAAAAAUUGCGGCCUGCACAACAGUGACUGGACUUCAAAAAUAUUUAAUUAACUGUAAAGUGCUUUGGGAUGUCCUAAGGUCAUGUCCGAUAUUCUACAAAUACAAGUCUUUUUUUGUAGAAUACACUGUGGCACUUCCUGAUAACUAUGUUAAGGCUACACAUUAAUUGUUCUUUUUUUUUCUCACUUAUGUGCCAACUUAAUCAAACUUACAACAUUUUAUAAAAUUGAAAUUUUAAAUCAUCUUAAGUUUUCCAUAUCCUGUUCAAAUGUAAGAUAUUUGCUAGCAAGGCCGUCAACAGUGACAUACAGUACAACUUAUUUGAUAAAUUUACAUUUAUUUUCUGGAGCCUUCUGUGAUGAAGCCAACUGACAUGCACAGUAUUAGAAAUAUUUAAUUUAAAACAACUAAUAGCUUCACACUAAUAUUUCCCUAUACUUGCAAGU